CUCCGAGGCGGAGCAAAGGCGCGAUGCCGCCCCCCGGUGCUCCAGCCUCACUGCGCCGGCUCCGAGCCACCCGACCCGGCUGCUCCUUCUCCGGCCUGCCCUUGGGAAGCACCUUGCGGGGCGAACAUUGGCCCAGACGCAACCAGCAACACCCCCCAUAGUCCUGUUUAGCCUGGUGGCAUUUCUCAGGGGUUAUGCCAGGCACCCUAAACCACCAUGUAUCCCGGGUAAGGACUUUGUACAGGAAGAUCCUGCAGUUGCACCGAGCAUUGCCACUGGAAUUGAAGACCCUGGGAGACCAGUAUGUGAAAGAUGAGUUCAGGAGACACAGAUCUGUUGGUCCUGAAGAGGCUCAGUGCUUCUUGCGGGAAUGGGAGAUCUAUGCAGCGACGCUGUUGCAACAAACUAACCCAAAGGCACAGAACUGUACAGGUCAGCCUCGUUUUGGAUCCCACCUCCCAGAAGAUAAGCUUCAUGCCCUACGAGAUGAGCAAGUUGGGCAGCUCCAGGAACUGAUGCAAGAAGCUACCAAACCCAAGAGACAGUUUAAUAUUUUGGAUGACACAGAUCACAAAAAUUGACACAUUACUUUGGAUAUGCUUUAAGUAGGGUGGUGGGUUAUUUUGUUUUAUUGUUUUGUUUUUGGUGCCUCUUUAGCUCUGUUUUGGAAGAGAUUUUCACUCCGAAGAAUAAAUGAAACUGAUGUUCACCCUUUCUGUUUUAUUUCAGCCUCCAGGGAUACAUAUGACAAAUAUUUAGAAAUACACAUGGCCCCAUUUAUAUUAAUUACAGCCUAGCUAGUAUUUAGAAUAAAGGAACAUUUUGGUUGUGUUAAAUUUGUCAGAUCCUGGGGCGGUGGUAAUAGUGCAGGGAUUAAAACUAAUGUCUUUGUGCUAAAACUGGAUUUUCUGGGUAUAUA